GCCGGCCGCCGGCCACCAGGGGGCGCUGUGGGGGCGGGGGCAGCGAGAGGCCCCCGGGAGGCGCCAGAGCGUCGCGGCGGCCCAAGAUGGCGCAGACGGUGAACGUGGGGGAACUGACGCUGCCGCAGCUGGAGCUGCUCAAGGGGCAGCUCGACCAGGAAGUGGAGUUCCUCUCGUCCUCCAUCGCCCAGCUCAAGGUGGUGCAGACCAAGUACGUGGAGGCCCGGGACUGUCUCAGCGUCCUCAGCAAGAGCAACGAGGGGAAGGACCUCCUGGUGCCGCUCACCAGCUCCAUGUAUGUCCCCGGGAAGCUGUCGGACACGGAGCGGGUCCUGGUGGACGUGGGAACCGGCUACUACGUGGAGAAGACAGCAGAUGACGCCCGAGUUUUCAAACGCAAAAUCGACUUCCUGACCAAGCAGAUGGAGAAGAUCCAGCCGGCGCUGCAGGAGAAACACGCCAUGAAGCAGGCCGUGGUGGAAAUGAUGAGCCAGAAGAUCCAGCAGCUGACGGCCCUGGGCGCCGCGCAAGGUGCCACCACCAAGGCGUAGCCUUCGGCCUCGGGGGCUCCCCCCCUCCUCGCCAUCGCCACCGGGACGCGAGGGGACACUGGAGGGCCCCCCCCACCUCGCUCC